AUGAUGCCCACUCUCUUUACGCUCAUCCAAGUGGGCCACAUGAGCAUCAGCCACCGUAUCGUCCUCGCCCCCCUCACCCGUUUUCGCGCCUACCCCACCCACGUCCUCGGGCCCCAUGCACCCACCUACUACGCACAACGUGCAUCUGUCCCGGGAACACUCCUCAUUUCAGAAGCAACCAUCAUCUCCCAGGCCGCUGGUGGGAGGGAGUUCAUCCCAGGGAUCUAUACCCAGGAACAGGUAGAAGGAUGGAAAAGAGUCACCGAUGCCGUGCACGAGAAGGGUAGUUUUAUAUUUUGCCAGCUUUGGGCACUUGGGAGAACUGCAGUCCCAGACGUCCUGUUCAAGGAGAAUGACUCUCCGUUUGUAUCUGCCUCUCCUAUCCCGCUUUCUACCAACCCUACUGCGGUCCCGCGUGCUCUGACUGAGCCAGAGAUAAAGGCAUACAUAGACAAUUAUGUUAUCACCGCCAGGAACGCCAUCGCAGCAGGCUUCGAUGGUGUUGAAGUCCAUGGUGCAAACGGAUACCUCGUCGACCAGUUCUUGCAAGAGGUGAGCAAUACCCGGGAGGAUGGAUGGGGUGGGAGUAUCGAGAAGCGAGCGAGAUUUGCGAUUGAGGUCGUGGAUGCGAUUGUAAAGGAGGUCGGCGCUGAGAGGGUCAGCAUUAGAUUGAGUCCAUGGAGUCCGUAUCAAGACAUGGGCCUCCCUGAUCCAAAACCACAAUUCUCCUACCUCGUAAGCCAGCUCCGGAAGUACGACCUUGCCUACCUCCACGUCAUCGAGCCACGUGUCAGCGGAUACAUGGAUGUAGAUGCACCCCUGCAGAGUAGUAACGAUUUCCUGCGUGAGAUAUGGUGCAAAGGAGGCAAGAGCGGCGUAUUUAUCAGUGCGGGUGGGUACACACGACAGACCGCGAUCGAGACAGCGCAGGAGCACGGGGGCAUGAUAGCAUUUGGCAGGUUGUAUAUUCCGAAUCCUGACCUCCCUGCUCGACUUAUAUAUAACCUGCCGCUUGCUAAGUUCGACCGUGCAACAUUCUACCUCGCCGGAGAUCUUACUGAGAAGGGAUACACCGAUUCUCCAGCGGCAGAUAUACCAGUAAAACAGACGUUGGAAAGGCCAAGAUGGUGAAGGUGAGCGUUUCUGAAUCGCCAAGAUCGGGAGGUGUAUUGCAAGGGAAAUAAAGAUCUUUCGAGGAUAACCAUAGGCUCGCCUCCGAGAUGCAGUGCUACGUCGACCUCAAAUAGAAUGUGGGCUGUGAUACAAUACCCCCUACGUAAUUUGUGA